UUCUCUUGGCGUUUUUUUUCUUGUAAUCAAUGGCUUCUUUGCUUCUCUCUUCUCUCUAUUUUACUUCUCAAAAGCCUUCUUCUUUCACGUCCUCGCUCCGUUUCAGCUUCGGAGCUCCAACGGAGUCCAGAUUCGUCGCUCCGUUCUCAAUCGGAUUCCGACCGGCGAAGAAGAGAAACGGGAGAAUUAGGGUUUCGGUUUACUCCAGAGCUUCUCCGCUUGUGUUCCGGGACCUCGACGCCGAUGAUUUCCGGCAUCCACUCGAUAAACAGAACACGCUGUUAUUGAAAGCGAUUCCUGGGCUUAACGAAAUAGGAAGAGCUUUACUAGCAGGAACCAUGACAGAGCAAAUCAUGCUUCUUGAGAAUAUAGGGACUUCAGUCCUUGUUUCAAAAGACCAGCUUCCCGAACUUCAUAAAAUGAUUAUCGAAGCUGCGGGUAUAUUGAAUAUUGAACCUCCAGAUCUCUAUGUUCGGCAAAGUCCUGUUCCAAAUGCUUAUACAUUGGCUAUAAGUGGUAAAAAACCAUUUGUUGUCAUUCAUACUAGUCUUGUGGAGCUUCUGACACGAAACGAAUUGCAGGCUGUUUUGGCCCAUGAAUUGGGUCAUCUCAAAUGUGAUCAUGGUGUAUGGCUUACCUUUGCAAAUCUUCUCACACUUGGAGCCUAUACUAUUCCUGGACUUGGUGGUUUUAUAGCUCAGACUUUAGAGGAACAGUUAUUCCGUUGGCUUAGGGCAGCAGAGCUUACUUGCGAUCGGGCAGCCCUUCUCGUCGCACAAGAUCCGAAGGUUGUCAUCUCUGUUUUGAUGAAGUUAGCUGGUGGCUGCCCAUCCAUGGCUGACCAGUUAAAUGUGGAUGCAUUUUUAGAGCAAGCUCGCUCUUAUGAUAAGGCUUCUUCGAGCCCAAUUGGUUAUUAUAUAAGAAAUGCUCAAACGCGACAACUCUCACAUCCACUGCCUGUUCUACGAGCUCGUGAGAUCGAUGAAUGGUCAAGAAGCAUUGACUACAGAAGCCUUCUUAAACGUGCAACUCAGAUGAGCGCUGUAGAAAAUGUUUAGCUUUCGUCUGGACCUGGAGAAAGUCAAAAGUUUAAAGCCAGCUUUAAUAGACAGAAAAUGGAGGAAGCUUUUGCAAAGAGCAUCUGUAACAGUGGUAAAACAUUUGUCCAUAAAGAACCACGAGAAUUUAAAGAAGGUAAAUUUAAGGUAAGAGGAUCUUAUCUGGUUCAUCUUUG